AUGUCGUACUUCCUUCCUUCUUACUUCCAGAAGCGGCUGCUUCGAUAUGCCCUUCUUCGUCUCGACUUCAUCGACUCCGACGAGUUCGACCUCGAUAACCUGGGACUGAAGUGGGGCCAACGGACCGUCAUCGAACUCAAGAAUGUUGGAAUUAAAGUCAAGAGAAUCAUCGACGUCCUCCAACUUCCUGCCGCCUUCGCCCUGACCCAUGCCUCUGCUAAGCUUCUGCGCCUGACUCUCCCGGCGGACCUUCACAUUAGCGGCAUCGAAAUCGAAGUGGAAGGGGUUGAGAUAAUCGUGGCGAUUCGGCCAGAGCAUACCACAGCAGUUACGGCGGUGGGAAAGUCUCGUUCAAAAGCAGGAUUUCCGAGCAGAACGGACCGUGCAAAUCUGCCCAGGUCGGCUUCUCCUCCCGUCCAUGACCCUGGUGGCAGAUAUGGAGGGGCAGGCGGACCACUGGAGUUGUCUCAAGUCCUUCCCACGUCAGAAGAUCUGGCCGCGUCGUUCCUGGAGGCCGAGUCGCCGGGAGAAAGAGAUGAACUACAAGCUGCACUUGAGUCACAGUCUCAGAUGCAUAUGCAAGAAUCAGUGACGUCUUCCGCCUCGAGCGAGGAUGUUGGACUCGGCAUGCCGGGAGGGCUUUCGUUACCUACCUUUGUCGCCAACUUUCUGAAAGGUGUGGCAGACCGAUUGUCUGUCAGCAUCAAGGACGUUAAUGUCGUCUUGGAAACGGAUCUGUCAUCUGGGAACGCUAGCCCGGUUGAGAACACAAAGUUCAUGUUAUCAGUUGGGAACAUCGCCGUGGAUGCCAUAGACAAGCCGGCAGACCCAGACGUCGAGCCAGAUACGAGACGAUCAAUAUCCAUCGACGAAGUUCAGCUGUUUGUCCUGUCCGAGUCCGAGAAUUUCUCGGAAUUUUCUGGCUUCAGUUCGCCGAAGAUAGCCAGGUCACGGCCUCCAUUGUCACACCCUGCUAGUGUACGGAGCGACAACAGUGAUCUCAUUAGAUCAAGCACCACCAGCCUCAGUCAGCAUACCGACUACCCAAAAUUCUCCCCGGCGUCAUCGAGUAACUCUGCACUUGGUCUUGGACUCGAAGAUACAGCGCUGUCAGAGUCCACCGUCUUCGGAAGACGGUCCAGGACCAUCCCUGUCCUACCCGACUCGACGCAUGAAUAUGAAUCGAUCGACAAUAGAGCUCAUGCCGAAGAAAUGCGGCGGUCCAUCCGCCGAGACAGCGAUGAAACGUUUGGAACCUUGGACAACCAGUCGGAAGACUUAGCGGAAUCUAGAACAUUCACUCAUGACGAGGCCGAGAGCAUGUAUAUGAGCGCCAUGAGUGGGCCACUGAGUAUGCCGGGUGGUUUUGCUUGGUCCCAACCUAUCCAAGAAGCUGGACCAGAGCAGCUCGAACAGCCUGGAGAAAAUGAAGAUGUAUCAACACCGGUGAACGAGCAAGCAGAACCACUGGGUGAUUUGUCCGGUGCCUCUGUCACCGGACCCCUACAAUCCAUCAACGAACCCGAAGGAUCGAGUGGCGAAAGCGUCCUGGAUAAUAGCCUGGCCUCAUGCUUUCGGUCUCGAAUUCUACGCGUGAAUUCCGUGAACCUCAAGGUUCCCCAACCCCAUCACGAAGAAGCCCCGUCAGAAGCUGAGCAACCAAUCCAUCCACAGCGUUUGAGCCAUGCUUCUCAGAUCCGCCAGAUGCAUAUGAGUGGGAGAAGUUCCCCAAGCACCUUCCUCAACGAAUCCCGACUCCAAGCUAUACGCGAUAUGGGUCAGAGCCGGACUGUGGAGCGACCAAAAGACAAGCUGAGCAUCGACAUUGGAGAGAUCUCAGUGGACCUCGAUAUUGUGCUCUGCAGAGUUCUCGUAAGAGCCUCGCAGGCCGUCACUGACGCAAUUCCAACGAAGCCCCCCCAGAAAUCGAAAGUGUCCACACCAGCUCCUCGCGAGACUGUCAUCCCCGAUAUCAUCAUCAAGAGUGUAACCCUCAAUUUCUGCGAAUCCGUCCAGAGAAAGCCUCCUAGCAAAGUUGGAGUCCAAACAAUUGAAUCAAUUCUCUCCAGUCAGGAAGCUCUUCUGAAGGUGUCAAUCACUUCGAUAAGCUACACGGCAAACUCCACGCCGGAGAAGAGCCAGCGACUAUCCGUCUCAAAGAUUGUCGUGAACCAUGGCGCUCGGGAGGUGCUCACGUUUGUUGACUCUAUCAAUGUCCGAGACUCGAUCGCAACCAGCUCUAUGCUGAGGCCUCAUGAUGUCGUGGUCAACGUGACAGGAAAUCGAUAUGAGGUCCAAAUCAAACCCGUCUACAUUGUCCUAGAUUUGUUAGUCAUUGACGAUGUGCUCAGCAGAAGCGGCGGUUUGAGCUCUUUGCUAGAUUUGGGAAAUUCCAUCAUGUCAACACAAACUGUGAAAGGCCCGGCUCCUCCACCGACCCCGGAAACUUCGAAACUACGCACCGUGAGGUUUAAUGACCCUCAGAGAAGACCUAGAGCAGACAGUGAUCCCUCCUCAACUUUGCCCAAGGUCGAUGUUCGCGUCUCAGGAGCAGUUUUGGAUUUGAUUGGGUCCGAAUCUUCUAUGCAGAUCAAGUCCUCAGCUAUCAAAACAGUCUAUCGAGACAACAAUGUGAAGGUGGUCAUAGACGGAGCUGCGCUCGAGGGUCCGUUGCUCACCGGUUCCCGAGCUCGCGGAGACAUCUACGCCAAAAUUCGCAAUAUCGAGGUGCACUACUCGAAUUCCCCAGACGAUGAUGAUCUGGACAGACUUUUGUCUUUGAUCACACCUUCCAGCGACAGAUACGAAGAAGACGACGAUAUCAUGGUUGAUACCUUGUUGAGACAGCGGCGGAAAGGCGGCGUCUUGCGAUUGGCUAUCGGAGAUCUUCAAGCAGGUGCUGCAGGUCUGCGGUGGGUCCCUCAUCUCACCAAACUCACCGAUGAGAUCUCGAAACUGUCGUCAGUUACAAAAUAUCUGCCCGAAGAUGAUCGACCAGGUAUCCUCACCUUUGGGCUUUUGAAAAAGCUGAAUUUCCGAUUCGACGUCGAUGAGAAGUUUGGGCCGAUCAAACUCCAGGCCGACCUCAUGGAGGGAGCUCACAUCAACGUCCCCUCCCUCGCUGCUGCUCAGAUUGCAACCUGGUCAGUGUCGAGAAGCGAGGAAGAUGUGCUGAUUGGCGAUGUGCUGUCUCAGAGCAAGACUGUCAUGGGCCCGCCCAUGUUCAUGUGUCGAUUUAUAGCAGACGAAAUGGAACCGACGGUUCGAAUGAAGCUCUCAAACACUUGUAUUGAGUACAAAGUGCCGACAAUUGUUGCCCUUACCUCGCUAUUCGAACGUCUCAAGGUCGAUUACGCAGGCAUUGACAAGGAGAUUGCUUCCUCACAGCCCUCAAGUCCAUCAUUGUCAACCACCGGAGAUGCAGGCAGUCUAGCGCGGAAGAUCAGAUUCUCUAUAACAUUCAGAGACUCGGCGAUAGCACUUAACCCUGACAAGGGCCCCGCCAAGGGUCUUUUCGUGCUGACGGACGCUAUCAUCCGGCAUGAGAAUCAGAAAAGGGGUUCGACGGACAACUUGGACAUCAAAAAAGCUUCCCUUCUCAUCAUCAACGAUGCUUCGACUGUCGGGCUGGAAUCGGGAAAUGUGGACCACAAGCUGUAUUUCGAAGAAAAUGACCAGGUCCAACAACUCACAAAGGCCGGAUUCGUUCCAGUAGGGUCAAUAUCUUCAGCAUCUGCCCUCAUCAAAGUGGUUGAGGACAAAGUCACAUCAGAAACUCGACUGGACGUAGAGUUCCGCAACAACCUUCUCUUCAUCGAGACUUGCGCCGAUUCCACCCAGACUAUGAUACAAAUUUUGGGCGGUCUUGCGCCACCGUCACCGCCUUCGAAGGUGGCUCAAUACCGAACCGAGGUCGUCCCAAUUCAGGAUAUGUUGGCGUCAUUUACCGGGAACGCUUUCGUCUCAGAACCUGGACCGUUGCUCGGCCUUCAAGCCUCGAGCAGUAUCUCCACUGGCGAAACCUCUUUGAACGGCAGGACUGAAGCUGACCAGGAGGAGGAAGACGAAAACGAGUUCAUAGCGGGCAUGUAUGGAGACGCCGAUGAUGCUGACGACGAGUUGACAGCGAGCCAUGUUGAGUCAGAUCUAGGACGCUCCAUUAUGUCUGAAAGCGUGCAUAUUGCCCCAGUUGAUGCCACUGGUUCCGACGUCGGCGAUGCUGGUGAGAGCGUGAUGAUGCACAGCCUGCUAGAUUUUAGAGCGGACCAUUUUAUUCCGAAGUCAACGGUUGGUGGCACGGCCCAUCGCUGGAAUUCGGUCCACAACACCUAUGGUCUAGCAAGCGAUGCGAUCUUUGAACGGUCUCCACUGAAGCUUCGCGUGAGGGACGUCCACGUUAUCUGGAACCUGUUUGAUGGAUACGACUGGCAAGCCACGAGAGAUACCAUUUCGCAUGCGGUGAAAGAGAUUGAGAACAAAGCUAUGGCGCGACGUCCGCGGAGCAGCAGCCGAACGACCGGCGUGGACGAUGAGGAUGAGUCUGUGAUUGGGGACUUUUUGUUCAAUUCGAUCUACAUCGGCAUCCCAGCAAACAAGGACCCCCGAGAUUUGGCGAAUGCUAUCAAUCAUGAUAUCGACGACUUGGUGAGUGAGACCGGAAGCUACGCCACUGGGACGACGGUGACUGCGACCACGUCGCGGCGCACGUCAGGCACGGUCCCGAGGCAAAAGAAGCUCCGGCUCAAUCGCAGCAAACAUCACAAGAUGACCUUUGAACUGGAAGGCGUCUCAGCCGACUUCCUCGCAUUCCCUCCCGGAAGUGGCGAGGUGCAGAGCUCAAUCGACGUCCGCAUCAAGAAGAUCGAGGUCUUUGACCACGUGCCUACGUCGACUUGGAAGAAGUUCGCCACUUACAUGCAAGAUGCCGGUGAACGCGAACACGGGGCCAGCAUGGUUCAUAUCGAAGUUCUCAACGUGAAACCGGUCGCCGAACUAUCGGCCUCGGAAAUAGUGCUCAAGGUCAGCGUUCUUCCAUUGAGACUGCACGUUGACCAGGACGCGUUGGAUUUCCUCACCCGGUUCUUCGAGUUCCGAGAUGACAGCGCCCCCGCGUCAAGCGGGUCUUCCAGUCCACCAUUCUUGCAGCGCGUGGAGGUGAACGCUGUGCAGCUCAAACUCGACUACAAGCCCAAGAAGGUGGAUUAUGCCGGGCUGCGGUCUGGACGCACGACCGAGUUCAUGAAUUUCUUCGUCCUCGACCGCGCAGAUAUGGUCCUCCGACGGGUUAUCCUGUACGGAGUGUCUGGGUUCGACCGGCUGGGUAUCAUGUUGAACAACAUCUGGACGCCGGACGUCAGGCGGAAUCAACUCCCCGGAGUGCUGGCCGGUUUGGCACCCGUCCGACCUCUGGUCGACGUCACCAGUGGGGUGAGAGACCUCAUCGCAGUGCCCAUCCGCGAAUAUCGCAAGGACGGGAGACUGGUCCGCAGCAUUCAAAAAGGAGCCCUCGCGUUUGCAAAGACAACAGCGACUGAAUUGGUCAAUCUUGGAGCCAAGAUGGCGAUUGGCACGCAGCAGAUCCUGCAGAAUACGGAAGACCUGUUUGUGGCCCGGGAACUACAGGGCGACCUGGACGAGGACGACGAGACUCGCAAACAGAUAUCUCUGUAUGCCGAUCAGCCCAUUGGCAUCAAGCAAGGGCUCAGAACGGCAUAUGCCAGCUUGGAACGAGAUCUCUUGAUUGCCCGAGACGCUGUCGUGGCGGUCCCCGGCGAAGUCAUGGCCAGUUCUUCUGCCAAGGGAGCGGCCAAGGCGAUCCUGAAACAGAGUCCGACCAUCAUUCUGCGGCCUGCCAUUGGAGCCACGAAGGCGGUUGGGCAGACACUGAUGGGUGCAGGCAAUAUGCUGGACAAACAGAAUUUGAGGAGGAUUGAUGAGAAAUACAAGCGGCAUUGA